AUCUCCGGUCCCCAUUCCGUCUCUUCCUCUUCUGUUAACACCAUUACUACCCAAACUAAGCUACACCUUGCAGCACCAGUACCCUACUUUUUCAGCUGUUUAUGUGAUCAUGGGAAUUCAGAAGCCAGCAUGGUUGGAAGCCCUCUACACUCAGAAGUUCUUUGUGCCAUGCUCAAUUCACGAACAUGCGAAGAAGAACGAGAAGAACGUCUUCUGCUUGGAUUGCUGCACCAGUAUUUGUCCUCACUGCGUCCCUUCUCAUCGCUUCCAUCGCCUUGUUCAAGUUCGUCGCUAUGUCUAUCAUGAUGUGGUCCGGUUGGAAGAUCUUGAGAAGCUCAUCGACUGCUCUAACGUGCAAGCUUAUACGAUCAACAGUGCCAAGGUGGUGUUCAUCAAGAAGAGACCCCAAAAUAGGCAGUUCAAAGGCUCCGGAAACUAUUGCACUUCCUGUGACAGAAGCCUCCAAGAACCUUAUAUCCAUUGCUCUCUAGGCUGCAAGGUGGACUUCGUGCUCAAACACUACAAAGAUCUGUCUCCCUAUCUAAGACCAUGCAAUACGUUGCAACUAAGCCCGGAUUUCUUCGUCCCCCAAGAAAUGGGAGACGAAGAGACGACGAACGAGACUCCUCACUCGACCAUCGUGGAUUGCGACGAGCCAAUGAGCUGGUCCUCGGGCUCGUCAGGCUCCGAGAGCAUGAGCGUGAUCUGCACCGACUUUGUUCGUAAGAAAAGGAGCGGAGUACUCUAUGUGUGUGGAAGAACAGCCAACAAGGUCUCGGAGGAGGACAUGGCCACCAGCAUGAGUAGAAGAAAAGGCAUUCCCCAUAGGUCUCCUUUGUGUUAAGCAAUAAUUAAUUAAGACCAACCUUUUCUUUGAUUUUUUUUUUUUCUUCUUAAUUUGCCACUUUGGAGUUUUUCUUCUGAGAUUUUUGCCACUUGACUCAUGCUAGCUAGCUACUGCUUUUAACUCUCUCUCUCUCUCUCUGAGUAUUUCUAGGUUAAUUAAUUACUUGGUCGGGGGGUUUUGUCUUAAUGGCAUCACGUGAUUCCCAAUUCCAAGUUAUGGUUUUGUACAUUGUUUUCUUAGGUUUCGUCAUGUUAUAUGAUUUAUUUAUUAUGGAUUCAAGUCAUAAAUUGGAGG